AUUUUACAGAAAUAACUUUAGUAAAUGGGAUUUCCCCAAUAUAUUUCUCUAAACAGAAAUUGUAACAUAUGGGUAUUUCCAUCCAAACCAGAGAAAUUGGGCAACUUCCCCUCUUUCUGAGAAAACAGACUGAAGGGUCUCCCAGCUGGUAUAUUUGCUCUACUAAUUUUGUUCCUUCCUUUCCAUCAGUUUUUGCCUGUGUGGAGAAUUGGUAUUUCCUGUCUUCCCUGUGAGUGAACCUUUGCAAGAGGUUCUUUUUCUUGGCAAAAAUUCCAGAUUGUCUUUUUUUUACAUAGAUGCCUGGCUUGGUGUAAAGGAUCUGCAGUACAGCUUCCCUAGCAGAAGCUGAAAAUGGACGUCUGCUACUGAUGCUUUUUGACAACUUCAUUUCCUCUUUUCCUGAUUGAGAUGGGUGAAAUGAUUACUAGGGAAAAAAUUUAAAAUAAGCCCGGGUGACGUAAUUGUCCAUUGACUUCUCUUGCCAGAAGUCUGAAAACCAUCAGAAGAAAUGAACAGUCAACUACCAGAGGAGUCUGUGGAGUCGCAGAGCUCAGAUGAGCUUGAGUGCAAGAUCUGUUACAACCGCUAUAACUUGAGACAGAGAAAACCAAAAGUGCUGGAGUGCUGUCACAGAGUAUGUGCCAAAUGUCUUUGCAAGAUCAUAGACUUUGGAGACUCUCCCCAAGGAGUCAUAGUAUGCCCGUUUUGCAGGUUCGAAACCUGCCUGCCAGAUGAUGAGGUUAGUAGUCUUCCUGAUGACAAUAACAUCCUUCUGAAUUUAGCUUGUGGGGGAAAGGGGAAGAAGUGCCUGCCAGACAACCCAACAGAACUGCUGCUGACGCCCAAAAGGUUGGCGUCCCUGGUUAGUCCUUCUCACACCUCUUCCAAUUGCCUGGUUAUAACAAUCAUGGAAGUACAAAGAGAAAGUCCCCAGACCCUGAACUCAACCCCUGUGGUGGAAUUUUACAGGCCUACGAGUUUUGACUCUGUUGCGACUGUAUCCCACAACUGGACAGUGUGGAACUGCACAUCUUUGCUCUUCCAGACUUCAAUUCGGGUGCUAGUUUGGUUGCUAGGGUUGCUGUACUUUAGUUCCUUGCCUUUAGGGAUUUAUUUACUGGUGUCUAAGAAAGUCACCCUGGGGGUUGUCUUUGUAAGCCUUGUUCCUUCGAGCCUUGUUAUUCUUAUGGUUUACGGCUUUUGCCAGUGUGUUUGUCAUGAAUUUCUAGACUGCAUGUCUUCUUGAUAACAAAUAACAGUGAAAUAAGAGGUAUUGCCAUGUAUGUAGCAUAGUUGAUUUAGCCUUUGUUUGUAUUCUUAUUUAUUCUCAUUAUUGUCCAUGUCACUAGAUGGAAACAGUAGUCCUAGUUUUACAGUCUUUUUAUUUCUGUUAGAUUUGUUAUUUAUUGUCAGCUCUUUUUUCUUUAAGCUAAACAAUGGAAAUAAAAUUUAUGCGCUGAUUUUAAUAGGCCAGACUGUAGAGAGGGGUAAAUCAAAAUUGCCAAAAUUGGUGCCUGCUGUGCAGCCCUUAUUUGAAGCCAUUUGCCUUCCAUUGGCUUGCUCACAUGAGUCAAGACUGCAGGAUCAGUCCUGGAAGAAAUUAGUACAACAGUCACCCUCUAGGUCAAAGUACAGCAUCUCUUCAUCAAAAGCAUCUCAUGCUUUGAAAUACCUGUUAUUUCUGCUAGUGAAUGAAAUCACUUUCUUAAUUAAUAAUGUAAGAAGAACAAGUUACCAUUGCUUUUCCCAAUUCUUGUUGCACCAGGAAUAUUUGUGGGAGACCAAUGGUUAUGGAUUUCCUGCAUCCUGGGCAUGGGGAAUCUAUUUUUUUUUUCCCCAUGCUAGACACAUCCUCCAAAACACUUUCCCUAAACAGAGGCCUCCAUUAUUUCCCCCUAUGGUUGCAGCUCCCUCUGAGUUACUCCUAAUAGUAAGUACUUUUAGGGACCUAGCUGUACAUUUACUCUAGAUGCACUUUUUUUAAGUGUGCAUCACCUCGGGCUUCCCCUCGCAGGGUCAGAGCUCUCCAAACUUCCCCAGCUAUCUUCCUUUAUGUGUACCCUCCCUCUGAGCACAUCUGCCCCCACGCCAUAAGCCCUCCUAACAAAUUGCCUGACUGAUCUUGUGCAUGCCUACUCUCGGGUAGCUACAGUGGAGAAUUUCCCUUAAGUGACUUCAGCGAUCAAGAUAGAUCUUUAUUCCCCAUCACUAGGAAAUGGACCUUCGAUGACUAAUACAAAUUUCAGAAAAAUUCUGAAAUCAUUAACUGUUUUUUGUUUGCUUGUUUGUUUUUUGUUUUUUGGGGUUUUUUUUGCUCUCUGAGUUCACAGAAUGCGCACUAUAAGGAGGUACCAUGACUUUUGAGAAGAAUUCUGUUUAAUGCAUAAUGCUUCGAAGUGCUGAAUACCCAGAACUCCUUCCCUCACCAGAGUGAGGUUAUGGCGCUCUAGAUGCAGCAACUCAUGUAACUUGACUGGUUGCGUCCAGAGGAUGCAUGGCAUGGUUUGCCAUUCUGCAGGCACAAUGAGGCCCUGUAAGGUUUCUUUGGAUGUUUAGGCUAUUUCUUAAACUAGUGGAAGGAACACAACAAUAAAAAGAAAUAUUUAAUGUGUAUGUGCAACUAGCUCUAGUCAGUGCCAUAAUUAAAAAUUCAUUUCCCUGUGCACAACAGAAUAAAAAAUGAAAAGGAGCAGUUGAUCAGUGCAAACAAGGCUUUUGGAUCAGGCACAAGAUUUAGUAUUCUCAGCAUAGUGUCAGAGGGAGAGGGGACUUGUUGUGUGAAGACUGAAUGUAUGGCCUAGCAAUAUUCUCAGAGCAAACUGACUCUGGUAAAAAUGAAAAAUACCAAUGGGAAAUGAAAAGCAUAAGUGGCUGUUGUGUCUAUCCAGAGGACUUAAAGUCAAGCUGGUCUAAUUUUGGUAGACAAUACGAGUAGUAUCAACAGUUUUCAUUGCUAUUGUAAACACAGGAAAAAAUGUGGAAACCUAAAGCUGCUGCUUUUCUUGACACUUGUUUAUAAUAGUGCACAUAUGCAUAUAUAUAUAUAUAUAUAUGUAGAUGCACAUAUGCAAGAAGAAAACAUCUAGUAAGAUUAUAGUUUUCAAGUGUAUGAAGUUACAGAGCUAUGUACUGAAUAGAUAAAGGAAAUCUUUUAUUCUUUUCUGUAAUCACUUGCUAAUAUUAGAACUAAAAUAUUUUCAAAAUUCCUAGAAAUGGCUAUUCCUAAGUAAUUGUUUUUAAUGCUUGUGGUAAAGUACAUGUAGUUAGAAGAGUUGUCAUCUCUAGUCCUGGUACACUGCAAGCUGUGACUGAUGUAUGAACUCAUAAAUUUUAAGCAUCCAAACACAAUCAUGUCAAAAAAGAAAGAAAUAGAAAACUAUCUGGUUUUAUAAUACUUCAUAACUCUGGGAAAAUAUGUAUUUGUAGUGUUAAGGGAUUUAUAUAUUUUAGGGUUUGUUCAAUAUGUCUGAAUAUAUUAUCUCUAAUAAAGGGCUGGCUGAAAGAGGAAGUAGGUUCUGAAACUCUGUGACAUAUAUAUAUUACCUCUGUACAUGUCUGCAGUGCUACCUGUUGUCUUUUCCUGGGUGUAUUUUACUGGGUUUUUUUUCCUUCAGGUUAAUUAUGAUUAUGUCAGCUCCAGUACCAGAUAAUUUUGUACUCCAUUUUAAAAUGGAGCCUAAUCUCAGAAGAAUUACAGUGGUACCAGUUGG